UGGACAGGUUUUAACCAAUCAACACCUUAAUUAGAAUAGUUAAUUAUCAAAUAGGCUAUGAGCAAUAAAAGGUAGCAUGGUGCUUGGCUUCUUCUUCCUCAAGUCAGAGUCUUCUAUUAUAAUUUUAUAGUGUCCAUGUAGGCUUAUAUCCCUACCUUGCCAUUGAAACAACAUAAAUUGUAAUCAUAUUCCUAUAGCUGAACUAAAUUGUUUGAGAUCGGGAGGAUGUACACACGAAGAUCUUGAUUGUUCAUGCAUAAUUUACUUUACCAUAUAGAAUUUUGAGAAGUAUUUUUUUAGAUGCGGUAAUGUAAUUUAGCCACCAGUGGUUCAAUACAGAUUUGAAUAUAGUUGUAAUCCAACUAAACAAAAUGUUUGGUUUCAAAAACUUGGUUACAAUUUAUAUUUACGUACUACGUGUCACAACUUUCUGUCCAACUUAUCGUACGUUGCACAUACCGUAUAUUCAAUUUCUUGUUGUGUACAUAUAGUAUAUUCAAAUAUAAAGAGAAAUCGAUUUUAUUCCUUCAUACCCUUUUCUACGCCAUCUCGACCUUAAAGAAAACAAAUGGAUGAAAAAUAAUGAAUGAAAACAAAAAACAAGAUCCAUGGGGAGAGUCACAUGCAUGGAGCAUGCAACUAGCUUACUUCAUCUAAUUCCCACUCAAAAUUUUCUCUUUAUAUAUAUACUUUCUCUAAGCUCCUACCAUCACAACAAGCUAGCUGGUCCUUCUCACUAAAGCGAUCAUAUCUCUUAAAAUCAUAGGACAGAGAGAGAGAAAAAAAAAAGAGGAGAGAAAGAGGAUGGAGAUCACUAAAAGCAAUAAUGGUGGUUCGAGCCCAUCUGCGGGAGAAGAGUUUAAGGGUAUGAUUAAGGGAGUGAGUAAGUUCUUCAUGAUGGUUGUUUUCCUUGGAACUAUCAUGCUUUGGAUCAUGAUGCCAACACUUACCUAUCGCAACAAGUGGCUUCCUUAUAUGCGUUUAAAGUUUGGAGCAUCAACUUAUUUUGGUUCCUCAGGGACGACACUUUUCAUGUAUAUGUUCCCAAUGGUCGUGGUAGCUUGUUUAGGAUGUGUCUAUCUUCACUUCAAGAAACGAAAGAAUCCACACCAUAUCGUUAGGGAGACGAAUGGAGGAGUGUUGAGUGCACUGAGAAAGCCAAUGUUAGUGAAGGGACCAUUGGGGAUAGUCUCAGCGACUGAGAUCAUGUUCUUGGCUAUGUUUGUGGCUCUUCUUCUUUGGAGCUUUAUCACUUACUUGCGCAAUAACUUUGCCACUAUCACUCCUCGAUCAGCCGCCGCACAUGGCGAAUCUUUGUGGCAAGCCAAGCUGGAGUCAGCGGCCUUAAGGAUAGGGCUGAUUGGAAACAUAUGUUUAGCAUUUUUGUUCUUACCGGUGGCACGUGGGUCGUCUUUGCUACCGGCGGUGGGACUUACGUCGGAGUCAAGCAUCAAAUACCAUAUUUGGCUCGGCCAUAUGGUCCUAGCCAUUUUCACCGUUCAUGGUCUAUGUUACGUCAUCUAUUGGGUCUCUAUGCAUGAAACCUCUCAGAUGCUCAUGUGGGAUACAAAAGAUAUCUCGAAUUUAGCGGGAGAGAUAUCACUAGUGGCCGGACUUCUGAUGUGGGCCACCACAUUUCCGGCGAUAAGGAGGAGAUUCUUUGAAGUCUUCUUCUACACUCACUAUCUCUACAUCGUCUUCAUGCUUUUCUUCGUCCUCCACGUCGGCAUAACAUUUUCAUUCAUCGCUUUACCUGGCUUCUACAUCUUCAUGGUCGACCGUUUCCUUAGGUUUCUUCAGUCACGUGACAACAUCCGUGUCCUCUCUGCUCGGAUUCUCCCUUCCCACACAAUCGAGCUCACUUUCUCCAAAAACCCUAGUUUGGUUUAUAGUCCGACGAGCAUAUUGUUUGUGAACAUACCGAGCAUUUCGAAGUUGCAAUGGCAUCCAUUUACGAUUACUUCAAGCAGCAAACUCGAACCAGAGAAGCUAAGUGUUGUGAUCAAGAGCGAAGGCAAAUGGUCAACUAAGCUUUAUCAGAGGCUUUCUUCUUCUGAUGAGAUCGACCACCUCGCUGUUUCUGUCGAGGGUCCUUACGGUCCUGCUUCCACUGAUUUCUUAAGGCAUGAAGGUCUGGUUAUGGUGAGCGGAGGAAGCGGGAUAACUCCAUUUAUCUCGGUCAUCCGUGAUAUGAUCGCAACAAGCCAAAACCAAAAAUGCAAAAUCCCCAAAAUCACUCUGAUUUGCGCUUUUAAGAAGUCUUCAGAAAUCUCCAUGCUUGAUCUUGUCUUGCCAUUAUCCGGUCUCCAAACACAACUAUCAUCGGACAUAAACAUCAAAAUCGAAGCCUUCAUAACCCGAGAGAAAGAACCAAGAAGCGAAGCUCCCACGGAGAAAAUCAAAACUCUAUGGUUUAAACCAAGUCUUUCAGACCAGCCCAUCUCAUCAAUCCUCGGACCAAACUCAUGGCUAUGGCUCGGCGGAAUUAUCUCAUCCUCGUUCUUGAUCUUCUUGAUAAUUAUCGGUAUCAUCACUAGGUAUUACAUUUACCCGAUCGACCACAACACCAACAAGAUCUACUCACUGACUUCAAAAAACAUCAUAUACAUCUUAGUCAUCUGUGUGAGCAUCAUGGCGACUUCAAGUGCAGCUAUGUUUUGGAACAAGAAGAACAAGUACGGAAACAUCGAAAAUAAACAGGUUCAGAACGUCGACGUUCCGUCUCCAACGUCUUCUCCAACCUCAUGUGGUAACAAUUCCUUGAGAGAAAUCGAAAGUUCCCCACAAGAAUCGCUCCUACAGUGCACCAACCUGCAUUAUGGAGAAAGACCUAACCUAACGAAACUUCUACUUGACGUGGAAGGUUCGAGUGUGGGAGUUCUUGUGUGUGGUCCGAGGAAGAUGAGACAAAAUGUUGCGAAGAUAUGUUCCUCUGGUUUGGCUAAGAAUCUCCAUUUUGAAUCUAUCAGUUUCAGCUGGUGAGUGGUUAAUUAUCACGUAGAACACACUGUUUUUCAUCUGUCGUGGAAGUUGCUUGGAUUGCAAGUUAAUAAGGGGUCCUGUGAUCUGACCUAUAUCUUUCUGUGCUUGUUACAUUUGACUUUUUCCAGUUCUUGUUUUUCUCCUUUAGGAAUAUUUAGUGUGAAAAUCCCCCAAAGUUACCCUAAACCCUUGUGUUUCUAAUCCUUACGCACGUUUCGUUAUGUUACAAUCUCGAUCACGAAUUGAGGCAUGAAGCUUUUGUAAAUUGUAAAUGCUGAAAAUAAUAAAAAUCCUUUUUGUCAUA